GAAGGGAAGUCAUCAUGGGAGCAUUUUUAGACAAGCCAAAGAUGGAGAAGCAUAAUGCCCAAGGGCAGGGGAAUGGGCUUCGUUACGGUCUGAGCAGCAUGCAAGGCUGGCGAGUUGAAAUGGAGGACGCGCAUACGGCUGUGAUUGGUUUGCCAAACGGACUUGAUGGAUGGUCAUUUUUUGCUGUAUAUGAUGGGCAUGCCGGAUCCCAGGUUGCCAAGUACUGCUGUGAGCAUUUAUUAGAUCACAUCACAAGCAACCAGGAUUUUAAAGGACCAGAUGGCCCACCAUCUGUGGAGAGUGUAAAGAGCGGCAUCAGAACAGGUUUUCUGCAAAUCGACGAACACAUGAGAGUCAUCUCCGAGAAGAAGCAUGGCGCAGACAGAAGCGGCUCAACGGCUGUGGGCGUCAUGAUUUCUCCCCAACAUACAUACUUCAUCAACUGUGGAGACUCGAGAGGUUUACUUUGUAGAAACAGGAAGGUUCACUUCUUCACCCAGGAUCACAAACCAAGUAAUCCACUGGAGAAAGAGCGCAUACAGAAUGCAGGGGGCUCUGUAAUGAUUCAGCGUGUGAAUGGUUCUCUUGCUGUGUCAAGGGCACUUGGGGACUUUGAUUACAAAUGUGUCCAUGGGAAAGGUCCUACAGAGCAGCUAGUUUCACCUGAGCCUGAAGUUUAUGAAAUUGAGAGAUCGGGUUUUUUUUUGGCUUGCGAUGGUAUCUGGGAUGUUAUGGGGAAUGAAGAACUGUGUGACUUUGUAAGAUCCAGGCUUGAAGUCACUGAUGACCUUGAGAAAGUUUGCAAUGAGAUAGUUGACACCUGCUUGUACAAGGGAAGUCGAGACAACAUGAGUGUGAUACUGAUCUGUUUUCCGAAUGCACCAAAGGUAUCACCAGAGGCGGUGAAAAGAGAGGCAGAGUUGGACAAGUACCUGGAAAGCAGAGUAGAAGAGAUCAUAAAGAAGCAGGGUGAAGGAGUACCAGACUUAGUCCACGUGAUGCGUACGUUAGCAACUGAGAGCAUCCCAAACCUCCCGCCGGGGGGUGAAUUGGCAAGCAAACGGAGUGUGAUUGAAGCUGUUUAUAACAGACUGAAUCCCUACAGGAACGAUGAUACUGACUCUGCAUCAACUGAUGAUAUGUGGUAAAACUGCUCAUCUAACUGUGGAGUUCACGUUUCAUCCUUCAAAUGAGAGUGCAGCCCAACCUCAGUUACCCUUCUUAAGAUCCAUCCUCAACCUUAAUUAAAGAAGGGAAUAUGAUGUGUUGGUGAGAGUGACUACAGCAGAAAACUACAGCAGUACAACGUCUAGCCCAGGAACUGAUCCUUUUUUUGUAAAACAGACUUCUGUAAACGUGAUUUCAAACCAUAAUUCAUGUAAAUCAGACUCCAGCAAUUUAUGUUGUAUGAUUUUGUUUUUGUAAAGUGCAAUUGUCUUUGUACAAAAUGCUCAUAUUUAAUUAUGAACUGCUUUAAAUCACUAUAAAGGUUAGAAGAAAUGUUUGGCUUGUGUGAUGCAACAAUAUAUAUCCCUUUAAAUUCAUGUUGUGGUUUUGGAUGGCAAGGAGCAGCAGCCUAGCCAGCUAGGAGCUCAAGAGGUGCACAAAACUAAAAAUACUUUUAUACGAAAGUUGAAUUUGGGGGUAAUUUAUCAGAAAUUACAGGGUGUGAAUUUGCUUGGCAAUGGGAAAAAUAAGAAUAGUGCACAUUCUUCAGCAAAUACCUCUCUUGAGGCCACUCCUGCUCUCGCACUGAGCUAAAGGGAGCUCUGAUUUUGACUUCAGUGGGAGUUGAAUCAUACCCUAUUAAUAGCAUCAUGCGUUCAUUCGCAUAUGAACCUUGGGAUUAGAAUGUCUUGAUUCUCUGCACCUCUUUUUUUCAUUAACCCUUACCUGAAAUUACUAAUCACUGAGCACAAACAGGUAACUUCCUACAUAUGGUAGGAACCCGCAGCAUUUUUACAAUCCUGAUUGGCUGGGUCUGCUGCUGUUCCGAGGAAAAUGCCCCGAAUUCCAUUUUAUCAAUAAAGCUUGAUUUAACAAACAAGAAAUUUAUCCAUAAAUGUGUAAUUCCUUUUUUUUUUUCCUGCUUUUUAAAAUGUCAGUGACAUUGUAAAUGAUAUUUUACAUGUGGAAAAAAUAUUUUUAC